AUGUCGGUGCCUUUGCUGAAGAUCGGCGUUGUGCUGAGCACCAUGGCGAUGAUCACCAACUGGAUGUCGCAGACACUGCCCUCGCUAGUGGGGCUCAACACCACCAAGCUCACCGCGGAGAGGGCAGGCUACCCGGACAGGAGCACCGGAGUAAGUGGCACCGCAACUUUACGCUUCCCGUGGGUUCAUUUUGGCUGCAUUAAAAAUAAUGGGUUUCUCUACCAUUAUUUACCUGGCUGGAAGAUGUUCUGUUAUUCGCUCGCAUGUUUGGUUCAUGAAUUAUUAAAAGUAUAAUAGGGUUAUUAGGCUAUUGUCUCCUCCAAAAUGUCUUGUUUUUUGCUUGACAGGGUCACUAGUAUUUAUGUUGUGCUGCCUAUGUUUUCAGCGCCUUGUUGCUUGUCAGAUCUUAGAGAAAAUAGAAUUUGAGAGGCAUGAUUAAUAUCGCCUCUCUCAGCUUGAUAUCUCGCUGGAUAGAUAUAGAGACGGAGAGCGAGAUAGUCCGGUUGUAGGUUACAGUAUUUUCGAGGAGUGGCGUGGGAGCGCGCUGCAUUGUGAGAGGUGGAGGAGAACAAGGGAGCGCGGUGGAGACUGAGCGCGACAAUGGGUUUGUUUGGAUGCUGUCAUUGAUAAAACGCUGCAAGGUAAAAAUGAAGUGAAAACGAAAUUUCGCAUCCAGACCUUUCCAGUGAAGUCAGCUGGGUUCCUGUUUGUCCCCGGCAGCAAGGCACCCUCAGUUCAGUGGGGUCUCUGAUUAUCAAAUGAAAGGCGCACCAGAGUAAAAAUGGGUCAUUUUAUUACGCGGGGCAUAUUGCUUCUUGUCUUUAUCUCUUUGUCAAGCGCAAUCUGACCUUUUGGUUAAUCAAAGGAAAUUAUUAUAAUUAUUAUAAAAUAUAAAUAGUCUAAUACUUUGUGAGAUAUUUUACGCAUUAAGGUUGACUAAGAAACCAUUCAUGGGUUACAUUUUUGGCAAAAAGCUAUUUGAUUACAACAUAUACAAUUUCAAUAGUGUCCUUUUUUUUAAACAAUACAAUCUGCUUCAAUGUAAAGGCUGCACUGUAAUUAAUAAAUAUCCCUGUGCCUACCUAGUCAUUUUAGCUUAUUAUGUGAUGAUCAGAUGGACAGAAUGUUGCGUUAUUACAUAGUACUAAAGAUCAGUAGGGUGGAGUGCUUUGCUCUCUCUGAUCUGUACUCCCAUGGGAUUAUUGAUAAAAGCUUCCUCCAAAUGAACCUGUCUUUCGUGGUGAUCCAGUCCUAAUGAUGGGAGAAGCUAGUGGAGUAGUAGAGUACUACAGUACAUACCUAGUAAUCCACCACUAUAUUCAGUCAAUGGCCCUGUGAAGUGAAUAUGAAAAGGUUGCCAGUUGGUUUUAAACAUUCAAAUAGUUGUAUUUUCAAUUAAUUUACCAUAUUUUAAGUACAUUAUUGGUGACAUUUUUGGUUAACUUAUAGGAUAGGAUGUACAGUGAUGACUGAAACAGGAUCCAAGCACUAUAUCCAUUCACUCUCAGUAGUAUGCCAGACAUAUCAUAAUGCACUUAGAUUAAUGUUCACCAUUGGAAUUGGUUGGUCAUGAUGUAGGCUACAGUAGAACGAUAGAUUGUGGAAUGAGUGUGUGGAUUCAGGAUCAGGAUGCUGUUGGCUUUUAUGUACAGUGGUAAUGGAAGUGCUAAUAUUUCAGAUUAAUCAGGCAGAUAUUCUAUGUCUUAAGAGACUGAAUAGGAGGGAAGUGCCUUCAGACUUCAGACGACCAAGGCCGAUAUGUAUUGGCUAUUUCCUGUGUUCGUGCCACCAGACCUAUACCAUUAGACCUGAGGAUACAUAUGCAGCAGGACUCUUUGACUGACAGGCUGUGUGAUUACUGGGCCUCAACUUGUUAAUCACUCAGGGACAAGGACAGUGACAUGUCAAUCAACACUGCUGUCAGAUGCCUAUCAGAUUGUGGUUCAUUAGCUGUGAGACCAUCAUCAGCACCACAUUCAGCAUUCAAUGACGACCUCUUGAGUGUUGUAGGAUUCUGUAUACCAAGUCUUGGCCCAGUCUCAGUGUGGACUGUGUUGAUUGUUUAGUCUUGACAAUCUCAUACCUCCUAUUCGUGUUGUUUUAUAAUUGGACACCAAUAACUUUGAUAAUGUACAUAGAUGAGUAUUUGGACAAGUCUCGACCAGUUCGAUAGGCUGCCGUUCCCCUCUGAUGGCAUUUGAUGAUUUGAUGGAGCGGGGUGGGAGGUGGGGAGGAGUUGAAUGGUUCUCAUCGUGACCAGAUGGCGCCAUGCGUGUGCAUCCCACAGACUGACGUUAUGUAAGCUCUGGCUGUUGCGAGAAAAUAUCUAUGUAGUAGUGAGGGUUUUAACACACGACUCCACUCCACCACUGCAACGGGUGCGGCACGUCACCACAAGCCUACACUGUGUGAUUGAAACGUACUGCUAAAAUAAGCCUAUUCAGUCAGAGAGUAGGCGAGGAUGGGUGGGGUAGAAUACUUUAGUCAACAAAUCCCUGACAAUUGGAUUAUAGGAUGAAUGCUUUUGUUAUUCUCUUGUCUCAUCUGUUUUCUCUUGUUUUUUCCUUUCAUCCCCUCCUCAUUUCUUUUUAUCCCUCUCUCACCUCUCUCAUAUCUCUCAUCUCUCUCACCUCUCUCAUCUCUCUCACCUCUCUCAAUUCUCUCACCUCUCUCACCUCUCUCACCUCUUUCACCUCUCUCACCUCUCUCAUCUCUCUCAAUUCUCUCACCUCUCUCACCUCUCUCAUUUCUCUCACCUCUCUCACUUCUCUCACCUCUCUCACCUACCUCACCUCUCUCACCUCUCUCACUUCUCUCACCUCUCUCACACACUCUCCCAUUUUCUCUCUAUUCCGUCCUCUUCUUUCUCUCUUUCCCACAUUGUUACAUCAUUUUCUUUCUCGCUUCUGUCUGACUCUCUCUCUCUCUCUCUCUCUCUCUCUCUCUCUCUCUCUCUCUCUCUCUCCCUUUCUUGGUCCCUACUUCCCUCCAUCGCUCUCCUCCAGGUGUUGCCAGUGAACCCAGAGGAGUCAUGGCAGGUGUACAGUUCUGCCCAGGACAGUGAGGGGAGGUGUGUGUGCACCGUGGUGGCACCGCAGCAGUCCAUGUGUUCACGAGACGCCCGCACCAAACAGCUGAGGCAACUGCUGGAAAAGGUAACUAUGGUGACAUAAUGUCCACAGCAACACCAAUGACCUGUCACGUCUUACCUCACAGAUUGUGGACUACAGGAAAAGGAGGACCGAGCACGCCCCCAUUCACAUUAACGGGGCUGUAGUGGAGCAGGUUGAGAGCUUCAAGUUUCCACAUCACCAACAAACUAUCAUGGUCCAAACACACCAAGACAGUCGUGAAGAGGGCACAACAAAGCCUAUUCCCCCUCAGGAGACUGAAAAGAUUUGGCAUGGGUCCUCAGAUCCUCAAAAAGUUCUACAGCUGCACCAUCGAAAGUAUCCUGACUGGUUGCAUCACUGCCUGGUAUUGCAACUGCUCGGCCUCCUACCGCAAUGCACUACAGAGGGUAGUGCGUACGGCCCAGUACAUCACUGGGGCCAAGCUUCCUGCCAUCCAGGACCUCUAUACCAGGUGGUUUCAGAGGAAGGCCCAAAGACUCCAGCCACCUUAGCCAUAGACUGUUCUCUCUGCUACCGCAUGGCAAGCGGUACCGGAGCGCCAAGUCUAGGUCCAAAUGGCUUCUUAACAGCUUCUACCCCCAAGCCAUAAGACUCCUGAACAGGUAAUCAAAUGGCUACCCGGACUAUUUGAUUUGACAUGGACAGCAGCCCCAGACAAGCCACUACGACAGCAGCACCCUGUCUCAACCUAUUCAUCGCCACAGACUCUGAGCCCAUACUAUAGAAACAUUCAUUAAAGUCAAUGUUUUGUGAUGGAUGAAUCCGUGGCCAUAUUGAGUGUAUGCAUACCCAUUUUCAUGUGUCACUGUUCCCCCCUGUGAUAGGUCCAGAACAUGACCCAGUCCAUCCAGGUGCUGGACCAGCGGACCCAGAGAGACCUGCAGUAUGUGGAGAAGAUGGAGGUGCAGCUGAGAGGUCUGGAGACCAAGUUCAGACAGGUGGAGGAGAACCACAAGCAGAACAUCGCCAAGCAAUACAAGGUACAGCCACAGUAGCAGCCCAGCAUACCUAAACCCACCCUGCUAGGGCUAUGGGGGCUAUCACCAUCACCAUCACCAUCACCAUCACCACUCAUCUAAUGCAACCACCAUCCACCAUGGAUGGGUUUAUGUGUGUGCCCACUGCCCACUCAGGAUAUGGUCCAGCAUCAGAUGAUAAACAACAACAUUCUCACUCAAAAGUUAUUCGAAAAAAUACUUAGGUGCUGGAUCCUCGCAGAUAAUCAAUGGAGAGCACUCAAAAAAUGCAAUUUCAAUACCUAUCUAUUAUCCAUGCAUGUUUAAUUACUGGUUAAUGAAUGAGUGUUGAGAUUGAACCAUUGGAGUGCUGCAUAUUUCUUUUUCAAUGGUUCAGCAUCACCAACCUCACCUAGAGUGUUUUCUAUGGUCUCUAGGAACAGCUCUCAGAGUUGAAUGUAUCAGGACUGUAUCAGAAUUAACUAAACACUCAGGACUUAAGACUUUUGAUAGGAAGGUUUUGGAUUCAAUAUCUAAAUAAACAGUCUUCUUCCUCCAUAACAACGUUUGCUUGUAACCGUUAUUACAACCGCAACUACCAUUUCCACUAAUACUAGUACUACUACUAAUAACACUAGUAACCAUAAUUCAUUCAGUUGUUUGAGCUGGAGGGAUACUGGACCAUUCAGUGGCCACAUGCAAAAACAAUAAUCAACCAGAUAUUAAUUAAUUGCUUGGCUCACCUUCCUUCCUCCCAUCCUCCUCCUCCUCCUCCCUCUCCUCCCUUUAAAAUGAUUAUCACCAAUGUCAAUUUAGGACCACACACAUUUUUUGAUUGCUUGAUUGCUUGAUUUCUUGAUUGAUUGGUUGAUUGAUUGAUUGAACUAAUCAAUGAGAGAGGGUAGUAGAUACACCAGUAAGUCACAGCUAACCUUUAAAACCACAGAAGAAGAAGGAGGUCAGAAGCUACAGGCACAUUGAUGUAAGUUUCCUGGCACUCAGACACUCCUCUCCAGUUACCUGGCUAAUGAUGACAGACUGAACUUCUGCAUGUAUUGUAGUCUCCUCAACAUUAACAGCAGUAUCAAUGACAAAACAACUAUUUCCACCCCCUGCAUCCCUGACUGAGUGUCUACAUGUCCAAUGCAUGCCCCCCACAUUCAUAUCAUGAGUGCAAAAUCAAAGCAUGCUUAACAUACUCUCUAAUCCAGUGUGUGUUUUUCUGUGUCUCUCAGAUAGGUUAGUAAGCUAGAUGUCAACAGUAUGUUAUGUUCUUGCUUGCAGGGCUAACUUUAGGACAUGUAAAGAGAGAAGAAGGGGCAGGUCAAUCCACAGUACUGCGAGAUUUACGAGCGUUCACGAUUUACCUUUAGCACCAUUAGUACUACUACUAAGAAAACCCACCUACCCCUUUCCCAAAUAACCAACCAGCCAACCCUACCUACCUGAAACCCCACCUACCCCUUUCCCAAAUAACCAACCAGCCAACCCUACCUACCUGAAACCCCACCUACCCCUUUCCCAAAUAACCAACCAACCAACCAACCAACCAACCAACCAACCAACCAACCAACCAGCCAGCCAACCCUACCUACCUACCUACCUACCUACCUACCUACCUACCUACCUACCUACCUACCUACCUACCUACCUACCUACCUACCUACCUACCUACCUACCUACCUACCUACCUACCUACCUACCUACCUACCUACCUACCUACCUACCUACCUACCUACCUACCUACGUACCUACCUACCUACCUACCUACCUACCUACCUACCUACCUACCUACCUACCUACCUACCUACCUACCUACCUACCUACCUACCUACAUUCUGUAGAAAGGGUUCUACGUUGAACCCAAAAGGGUUUUACCUGGAACCAAAAGGGUUCUAUCUGCAACCAAAAAUGGUUCUUCAAAGGGUUCUCUUAUGGGGACAACCGAAGAACCCUUUAAGGUUCUAGAUAGCACCUUUUUUUUUAAAGAGUGUACCUACCUACCUACCUACCUACCACUGAUCUUUUCCUGCAUGUUACUGGUAGAACAUUUCCAUCAAAAGGCUUUUUCAAAAGUAAAAAUUUAGUUGUUUCCAGUUAUUAUUAUUUUUAUUGUUCUUUUACUUUUGGUUUUUGUCUAUGCAUAUUUGGUUACUAAAGACUACUACGUACCUAUAAACAUUAGUGAUAAUAACAUCUGAAACCCUUUGUUGUGUGUGACAUGUAAAAGCAUGUAACUCUAUUGCAUUUUAAACGAUGAUGACCAAUAAAGAGCUUUCCCAAUUGUUUCCUGGUGUACUGAGGGCUUGUGUUUAACAUAACGGCUCGUCUGCAUCAUGACGGAGCCUCCGCUUGCUCGCCAAUACGGUGGAACACUCACUGGAUUUGUUUGCUCAGACACACACAAACACACUGUACACACACACACUAACACACAGGGCUGUUGUGUUACUUUGAGAGAAUGUCAGUGUAGGCAAGGCUAGAGUAGUCAGGGCCAGAUGGAUGCUUUCUUCUUUUAAAAAAAACUUUUUGGGAGUCUUUUCUUUUUUGUCUCCAGGCAUGACACUGAACCCAGCUUAUUUCAAUCCUUUCAGGCCAUAAAAUCGAAAAUGGAGGAGCUUAGGCCGUUGAUACCAGUGUUGGAGGAGUACAAAGCCGAUGCCAAAUUGGUAUUGCAGUUUAAGGAGGAGGUCCAGAAUCUGACGUCAGUUCUAAGCGAGCUCCAGGAAGAGAUGGGAGCCUAUGACUACGAGGAACUCCACAACAGAGUGUCAGGUCUUGAGGAGAGACUCCGAGCAUGCAUGCAAAAAUUAGGUAGGCUGAGAAAGUUUCUGACUCACACUAUCACACACACACACUCUCUCACACACACACACACACACACACACUCUCUCUCUCUCACACACACACACACACUCACACACACUUGUCCACAUUGUUCAUGGAUAACUUCUGUAUGGUGUUAGACUAGAGUGAAAGCUUCAGGCACAUGUACUACACGCCUCAGAAACAUUCUACAUCAAGGUACACUGUAUACACACAUGAAACAUCUGAAAAGAAACACACCAUCCUUCUCUCAACACACUGGAACACACCUUAGCUUCUUUCCAGAUGUCAUGAGCAGACAUACUAUUACACAGCCUAUCAGUUAAAUAUGUAUUACAUGUAUGUCUCACAAUUGUUUCAAACACCUGUUUCUCAAUAUUCUAUAGGCCGCCCUUUGUUUAAUCCCAUUUUACACUGAGAAAAAAAAUAUUAUCCCAUAUUUUUGCCUGUCUCUGUUUAGCCAAUUAGCCAAUGUGGCAAGGGUGAAUUUGCUCAUUGAACACAUACCAGUGGAGGCUGCUGAGGGGAGGAAGGCUCAUAAUAAUGGCUGGAACGGAGUAAAUGGAAUGGCAUCAAACAUAUGGAAACCAUGUGUUUGAUGUUUUUGAUACCAUUCCACUAUUCCGCUCCAGCCACUACGACAAGCCCGUCCUCCCCAAUUAAGGUGCCACCAGCCGCCUGUGACACAUACGUAGGUGAGUUGUAUGUACAAUCUGUAACCAAUCUGAGGUAUAAUUCUUUGUCACCCUCUCAACUCUAUUUAACCAUCUCAUCUCAGUCUACAACAUCCUAGUGAUUUAUUACAGUGUUAAUAAAUGCACUGCACACCUACGGUGUAGUCUUACAAGGCUGUCUAGUGGCUGUUGGUGGAAAACACUUCUCAGAGCUGUAGUAGGGUUUGCAUUUCAAUAGCCUGCUGAAUUACUCUGCUAUGAAUGCAGUGACACGCACACUGUCUGACCUAUAAACACACACACAAACAGAAAUUCACACACACACACACACAAUUCUGCCAUCAGUCAAACACAGCUGGAGAGCAUGGUAAGUAGUCUCUCCCCCCCUCUCUCUCUCUCAUUCAUAAACAUAUUCUAACACAUGCUAAACACACAUAGAAAUUGCUAUCUGCAACACACAUUCUGCCUCUCCCUCAUUACCUCUUUCAUAUUCCCCAUCUCUCCCCCUCUAUGUGACUUGAUGACCUCCUCAUCCCUACCAGUACAUGAUUAGUCCUGGACCAGUAGUGGUAGAGUCCUCACUAACAGGUUGUGUCCCAAAUAGCACCUUAUUCCCUAUAUAGUGCACUACCUUUAACCAGAGCCCUGAGGGCCCUGGUCAAAAGUAGUGCACUAUAUUGGGAAUAGGGUGCCAUUUGGGACGCAGCCCCAGAUCAAGCCACAUGCGCAGCCUCUGAUCUGUGUAGAGUUCUGUGAGGAUUAAGUGAAACAGACUGCAGGAGACAGUUCACAGAGAUUAGAGAUCAGAUAAGAUAAAGGAGAGGUCAGAGGUCACUCAGCAGGAGACAGUUCACAUAGUUUAGAGAUCAGAUCAGAUAAAGGAGAGGUCAGAGGUCACUCAGCAGGAGACAGUUCACAGAGUUUAGAGAUCAGAUCAGAUAAAGGAGGAUCAGGCUGUUCCUUCUCUAAUGUGUCUACAUUCACACUAAGAUCAGGCUGUUCCCUCUCUAAUGUGUCCACAUUCACACUAGGAUCAGGCUGUUCCCUCUCUAAUGGUUCCACAUUCACACUAGGAUCAGGCUGUUCCCUCUUUAAUGUGUCCACAUUCAUUCACUGAUUCCAUAAUCCUCAAAUCAUCAUUCCAUUCCAGAAUGACUGACUGAUGGUUUUGGGGUUAGAUUUCCCCGUAGUCUAGCGCUGGUUGGCUGGAACCAUAUUCAGGCCAAUAGGAGAUUAGAUUAGACCUCAUGUGCAUCUUUCGCUCUCCCCGAGGUCCAGACGACCAUAAUCCAAAGAUAGGAACAUGGUGAUUAGAGGAAAUAAAUAAAUAAACACAAAUUAUUACUAUAGUCUGUAAUCCCACGGAGGUAUUAUGUAAGGGGCUGAUAGUAGUGGUGUUUGUUUGCUCAUGUGAUGUUGUGUUUGUCUCGCUGCUGCGGCUGCUGAGGUCUCAUAAUCACAGCUAUACACAUGUAAGGGCAUGAAUGAAUACACAUACCCAGGAGCACACACCCACAUGCAGGGAACAUGCACACACAGACACACACACACACACACGCGCGCACACACACACAAACACUCACACUCAAACACACACACAGGGACGUGCUUGAUAUAUUUAAUUUAAUUUAAUACAUAUCAAAAGUGUGCUAAACACACAAAUGAUCUAGUUUUAACUUCCGAAACGUUCAAAAUGUGGGAAAAUAAUACCGUGUGGUAGAAAGAGUGAAGACAGAUAGACAUGAGAGAAAGAGUGAGGGUAAAAGUGACAGGAAAAGAAGAAUCAGAAAUCUAAUCUGGAUUCUAUGACUCCUUCCCAUAAUUGCAUUUCACAACCACAUUAGUGCCAGAGAGGGAAUGAGAGAAAGAGGGAGAAUCGCAUAGAGAGCGAGAGAAGCAUAGAGAGAAAGAGAGAGAGUAUAAUGGGGGACGGGACUGGAGCUGUUUGUUCGUUAGUUGACAUUAAGAUUUAACAACAGGAACGAGGUUGUUCCCCAUCUGUUCAUAAUGAUAAACCCAUUAAUCAAACUACCUGGCUGUCAUCAGGGAACGAGGCGCAGCCAAGCGUUCAGCGCUAGAUAUGUCAACUUCACAUCAACACCUCAAUCAAGCCUAAUUAACGAUAUGCUCAGCUCAAACAGCAUAGAACAAGUAGCAGCAGCAUGAGCACAAUGGAUCCUACAUAACUGGAACAACAAUUACAUCUCUCUCCCUCCAUCUCUCCGCAUUUCUCCCCAUCUCUCUCUCUCUCUCGCUCCCCAUUUCUCUCCCUCCCUCCCUCUCUCUCUCUCUCUCUCUCUCUCUCUCUCUAUCUCUCUCCAUCGCUCAGACACAAACAUAAUGCACAGAAUACCAAAGACCAUUACCUUUAUUCUCUGAGGAUGACAGACAGAUGGAGGCCUAGACAUGGACACACACAACAAUAUAGACAUUCUAUUGUUCUUUUGUGAAUGAAGGCUAAGAGUGAAUGUUUUGUAAAUGAUGUUAUUGUGUGUAAGUACAAGAUUAUUUCUUUAUUACAGCAUACUAGCCAAUAUGAAUCAUACAAAUGCAGUGUUGAAUCUAUGAGAAUUAUAUGUUGUAUCUAUGAGAGGUAUUUCUAUGUUGGUUAUUCCUUUUCAGCAUGUGGGAAGUUGACGGGCAUCAGCGAACCUGUCACCAUCAAGACGUCUGGAUCCCGGUUUGGAUCCUGGAUGACUGACCCUGCAGCACCGGAAGGAGAUACCAGGGUAUACACACACACACACACACUUCAGCCGUCCAUCAACAUGGAGAAAAUACAAUUACCCCUCUUUAAAGCUCCAAAAGCGUGUGAAGCCCAGCUACAUUAAGGUAAUGAUUUCCUUACCUCGGUAGCGUCUAAAGCCCAGCUACAUUAAGGUAAUGAUUUCCUGACCUUGGCACUGUGUUUCACUGCUGUAGCUACUGGAAGAUCACACUAGCUGCUUCACAUUACACUGCAUCCCAAAUGGUACCCUAUUCCUAUAUUGUGCACUACUUUUGACCAUGUCCCAUAGGGCUCUGAUCAAAAGUUGUGCACUAUGUAGGGAAUAGGGUGCCCUUUGUGAUGCACACUAUCUCACUCAGAUGACAUGACUAAUGGCACUCAGUUGAAGAGGCCAGGCUGUUAAGAGCCCUGACACACCCAUAAUAGAGUUGACUCUUCAGAGUCUGACCUUAAUAGAAGCUUUGAUUAAUGUUCAUGUGUUUACUCUGUCUGUCUGUCUGUCUGUCUGUCUGUCUGUCUGUCUGUCUGUCUGUCUGUCUGUCUGUCUGUCUGUCUGUCUGUCUGUCUGUCUGUCUGUCUGUCUGUCUGUCUGUCUGUCUGUCUGUCUGUCUGUCUGUCUGUCUGUCUGUCUGUCUGUCUGUCUGUCUGUCUGUCUGUCUGUCUGUCUGUCUGUCUGUCUGUCUGUCCGUCCGUCCGUCCGUCCGUCCGUCCUUUGUACUAAAUGGCCAUGUCUGAGUUAGCUCUCCUGGGCUGGGCAUAUGUUGGAGGAAUAGACAGACCUAGCUUUCAUUACUAAAUCACAUUAAAAUGCAAAUGCAGAGAAUAAAUGUGUGGUUUACACCUGAGCCCUGACAGCUAGGUUGUUAAUGAAGGGAGGGUGUCAGCCAAGAUGUUUAUAUGACUUUAAAACAUACACAUGUGCAGAUCUGGGGUUUAGAGGUUAUAGCACAAAUACAUUAAGCUCACGCAGACAUAAACAUACAUGACUGUCAUAGUCAUAAUAACAUCUGUACAUCGAUGGAAAACUGUACAUGUUACAUAUGUGGGUAUCCCUGCUAUUGUUCUAUACUUGUGGUUUCUCUGUGUAACGCGCUGCUUGUGAGUUACAAGGUAGUGUGAGAGUCUUGCACUCACAAAAGUUUUAAAAGAAUAGAGACAUUUCAAAUGUUAUAUUAUUGGCUGUGUACAGUGUUGUAACAAUGUGCAAGUAGUUGAAGUAUGAAAGGGAAAAUAAAUAAACAGAUAAAUAUAGGUUGUAUUUACAAUGUUGUUUGGGCUCCACUGGUUGCCCUUUUCUCAUGGCAAUGGGCCACAAAUCUUGCUGCUGUGAUUGCACACAGUGGUAUUUCGCCUAACAGAUAUGGGAGUUUAUCAAUGUUUGAUUUGUUUUCAAUUCUUUGUGGGUCUGUGUGAUCUGUGGGAAAUAUGUGUCUCUAAUGUGGUCAUACAUUUGGCAGGAGGUUAGGAGGUGUAGCUCAGUUUCCACCUCAUUUUGUGGGCAGUGUGCACAAAGCCUGUCUUCUCUUGAGAGCCAGGUCUGCCUAUGGCGGCCUCUCUCAAUAGCAAGGCUAUGCUCACUGAGUCUGUACAUAGUCAAGGAUUUUCUUAAUUUGGAGUCAGUCACAGUGGUCAGUUAUUCUGCCACUGUGUACUCUCUGUUUAGGGCCAGAUAGCAUUCCAAUUUGCUCUGUUUCUUGGUUGAUUAUUUCCAGUGUGUCAAAUAGUUAACUUUUUGCUUUCUCAUAAUUUGGUUGGAACUAAAUGUGUUUCUGUCCUGGGGCUCUGUGAGGUCUGUUUGUGUGGGGUCUCUCUCUCUCUCUCUCUCUCUCUCUCUCUCUCUCUCUCUCUCUCUCUCUCUCUCUCUCUCUCUCUCUCUCUCUCUCUCUCGCUCUCUCUCUCGCUCUCUCUCUCUCUCUCUCUCUAAGUAAGAGGAGAACAUUAAAGUUUGGUGAUGGUGUUUCCUGGACCCCUAAGGCCCUUACAUCCGGGCUUUCAAAGAUGAAUUAGCCAAUAAAAUUGUCUGGAGAGGGGAUGGGAAAGUUGAGGUGUGUCAGAGCUUGGAGGGAUGAAGGAGGGAGGGAUGGAGGAUGGAGGAGGGAGGGAUAGAGGAAAUGGAGGAAGUGGUCUAGGCAGGCGCCCCGGAAACUUCCUUAAAGCCCCAACCAAAGCCACAGGCGAAAAAAAUACGAACCUUUUAUCCAGAAUGAUCCUCAUUAUCCCUGUGCGGCUGGGCUCAUCCCCAACCCCGGCCUGCCUCCACCUGCAGCUUCCUGUCAUUCCUGACUGUUUGUAUUCUGAAGCAGCAGGCUGGAUCUCAGCUUGGUCUGCUCUGUCAGGAGGCAGGAACACCGCUCCCCGCUCUGCUCUGAGUCAAGCAUCCGAUUUAAUUAGGCUUUCUGUUGACAGCGUGAUUUGAUUUACAGUGUGAAAUGAUGCGUGAUAUAUAAAUCUUCUAUCUACAUAAUGGUGCAUUGAGGAGUUUGAUAGGAGGGUUUUAACAGGACUGCAGGGUGCGUUUUAUCUUGUUUGUAUUAUAAAGUUGCUUCUGACUCUGUGUUAAUGUUUCCUCUCUUCUCUCUACUCGUCUGUAUCUCCAUCUGUUAGGUUUGGUACAUGGACGGUUACCACAACAACCGCUUCGUGCGGGAGUACAAGUCCAUGGCGGACUUCAUGACGACGGACAAUUUCACGUCUCACCGCCUCCCCCACCCGUGGUCCGGGACAGGUCAGGUGGUCUACAACGGCUCCAUUUACUUCAACAAAUUCCAGAGCCACAUCAUCAUCAAGUUCGACUUCAAGACCUCCGCCAUCAGCAAGGCACGCCAGCUGGACAACGCCGGCUUCAACAACAUGUAUCACUAUGCCUGGGGCGGCCACUCCGACAUCGACCUCAUGGUGGACGAGGGCGGUCUCUGGGCCGUCUAUGCCACCAAUCAGAACGCUGGAAACAUCGUCAUCAGCAAGCUGAACCCCAGCACGCUUCAGAUCAUCAAGAGCUGGACUACCAACCACCCCAAGAGGAGCGCCGGCGAAGCCUUCAUGAUCUGUGGUACUCUCUAUGUUACCAACGGUUACUCUGGAGGGACUAAGGUGUACUAUGCCUACAGCACUAACUCCUCCACAUACGAGUACAUAGACAUCGCCUUCCAGAACAAGUACUCCCAUAUCUCCAUGCUUGACUACAACCCUCGGGACCGUGCUCUCUAUGCAUGGAACAACGGACACCAGGUUCUGUACAACGUCACACUGUUCCACGUCAUCAGCUCACAGGAAUUGUAA